AUGAGAAAGAAUGAUGAUGAUGCUGAUAUAGCUUUCCUACAAGCUUUUCUAUUCUCAUUGGUAGACCAAGCAGAAUCAUGGUUAUAUUGUCUCCCUCCCGGAAGUAUUACCACAUGGAACGGAAUGAAAAAGCUGUUUUUAGAGAAGUAUUUUCCUGCUUCUAAAGUUGCAUCUAUUCGUAAGGAGAUUAGUGGCAUUGUGCAAUUUAAUGAAGAAUCUAUAUAUGAAUACUGGGAUAGAUACAAGAUAUUGUUGGCGAGCUAUCCAAACCAUCAAAUACCACCGCAACUCAUUAUCACACACUUUUAUGAGGGUUUACUACCACAUGAGAGACAUUUGAUUGAUGCAGCUAACAGUGGUGCAUUGGAUAAUAAAACUAUCGAGGAAGCGACUAGUUUGAUUGAGAGCAUGGCUGCAAACACUCAACAAUUUUACACUCGAGAUUCCUCGACAGUUAGAAGAGUUAGCGAGAUGGGAGAUUCUUCACACAUGGAGCAACGAAUGAGUAAUAUGGAAAAAAUGGUACAACGCAUAGCUUCUGCAGUUGUUCCUUCAUACGAAGAGGAAGCCGAGGUAAAUGCCAUAUUUCCUAAUCAAAGGCCCAGUUAUGUUAAUAAGCAAGCAACAGCUCCUAAUCUGUAUGCUAUACAAGGUGGUUUUCAACAAUCACAAUCCCAACCACAACCUCAAGCUCCAAAUGAGGACACUUCAGAGAAGAUGAUCACAAUGAUGCAAGAUCUCACAUCCAUGUUUCAACAUAAUCAACAAAAUAAUGAUGCAGCUAUUAAAGAAUUGCAAACUCAAAUGGGGCAAUCGGAAACGGAUAUGAAUCUUAUGAAGGAUCAAGCGUCUACAACAUUCCCAUCACAACCUUUUGCACCGAAACUAGAAUUGAAGCCGCUUCCAGACUACCUAAAGUACGUGUACUUAAGUGACAAAGAAUAA